AWUAAAGMUUCUGGAACUACUGAUCAAUCAGAGAGWUUUGUGAGAAGACUUGAAAGUCAGUUUGAUUUCAGUGARGCUCCUGMUGAGCUUGUACAAGACAGGAUCAAGGUUUUAACAGAGGCUCAGAAAAAACUGUUAGUUUAUUUACAAUGGAUAACAGAAAGGAGUUUCGAUGAAAGUGAAACUUUCUCAUGGCAAAAUGUCUAUAAAUCUUAUAGACAUUGGCAGGUUUUGCUGGGGAAAUUUCGGGAAUUACAGAAAGGAACACARGAAUUACUUACAGCCGAGGAAUACCAACAGCGCUGGUGUCCAUGUGGUGGUUGUGUAACCACUAAAGAGAUGUCAUUACAUUUCCUCAAACAAAAAGAAACGAACGACAAUUCAUCAAAACAAAGACCAGCUUGUGUGCUGUAUUCCCCUUGGCUCGUCCCAGUCUCAACACAGACACAAUGUACACAGGAUUACCGUUCAAAUUUGGAAUAUGUUUCAUACAGAAGCGAAAAAGAACUACGCAUGCUCAAUGAGUCUCUCCACAGCCUUCAGAUGUCUGAAAUAGACCUUUAUUUGCAAACCCACUUUAGUACAAAAGCUUUGGAUGCUAUGCAGGGGCUGGACGUCACGCACAGGUCUUUUCCACUCAUCUACCGGUCUUUGUGGGGACUUGUAUGUUGUGAUGGGAAAUCGUUCCCGUCCGUUGUACGACACACYGCUGCAGAUUAACCUCAGAACAGACGCACAUGAAGAAUGAAGGUGGCGAGAAGUAUUUCAUUCGCAACAUUUUAAAAAUCGGCUAAUUCUGUAUAUUAUUAUUAAUCUCGAUCCCGUGUUACAAAUGAUCCUUAGGAAUUAAACCUUUUGGUAAAUGA